AUGACAAUAGAGAAUCAAGCAUUCUUUUCAGUAUUUAGAAAUAUAGUAUUAAAGAAUGAGAUAUUUGGAUUAGUGUCUGCUAUAUCAAAGACUGAAGGUAGAAAGGCAUUUAGUUAUCAAUUGGCAACGGUUACAUUUAUGUGUGACAAUGAACACUAUGGAUUGUUGAGAGACAAGUUGUUACUCGAUCCCAAACGUCAAGAAUACUUGCCGCUCGUGUAUACCGAUGCUAAUCUCAAGUUGAUCGCAUCCAAUGUAGAGGAUCUAGAAGUAUUCAAGAUCGUGUUUGAACAAGAGACCGAGCAGUUUGUAACACACGGUGCACUAUGUAUCGACUUUGCCGCGGCCAACAAGAAUAUCGAGGUACUCAAAUACGUCGAUACUCAUCCACUCAAGUUGGCUGCCACCACCGAGGCCAUGGACAAGGCCGCACGUGCCGGUUUGGUUGCCAACCUCGAGUACUUGCAGAAUAACCGUACUGAAGGUGCAACAUGCCGUGCUCUAGAGUAUGCUGCAGACAAGGGUAAUCGCGAGGUGAUCGAAUGGCUGUUUGAGCAUCGUACUGCAAAAGACGGACUUGGAUGUGCUGUGGAUGGUGCUGCACGAAGUGGACACUUUGACAUUGUAAAGUUGCUCACUGAAAGGGACCCGGUCAACGGUGCAAGUGCACGUGCAAUCGAUCACGCUGCACAGGGUCAUAUGGAGAUUGUCGAGUACCUUUUAACCAACCGAUCAGAGUUUUGUACCAAGGAUGCCAUAACCAAUGCCGCGCAAUCGGGUCGUCUCGAUCUCGUCAAGUUACUGCACAAACACAAUGCACCUGCAACACGUGACGCAAUGGACAGUGCCGCGCGACUAGGUCUCAUCGAUAUUGUCAAGUUUUUGCACGAGAAUCGUGUUGAAGGAUGCUCAGACUCUUCUAUUGGUUUUGCAUGUAUGAGCAAGCAUGCCGAGGUUGCCAAAUACCUCAUCGAGAAUGACUAUCCUGGUACUGUACAUGCCAUGAACAAUGCCGCCUUUGUUGGUGACUUGGAAAUUGUCAAACUAUUACAUAAAAAGGAUUAUAAAUGUAAUCAAUUUGCUAUGGAUUUAGCAGCUCAAAAUGGUCAUUUAGAUAUUGUUGAAUUUUUACAUAUAAAUAGAACAGAGGGAUGUACAAAGAGAGCAAUGGAUCUGGCAGCAUUAAAAGGGUUCUUGGGAGUUGUUCAAUUCCUUCAUUUUAAUAGGGCUGAAGGAUGCAGUGUUGAUGCUAUGGAUAUGGCAGCUCAUUGUGGUCAUUUUGAGGUGAUUCAAUUCCUUCAUGCAAAUAGAACAGAGGGAUGCACAGCAUUGGCUUUAUCAAGUGCAGUAUUACAUGGAAGACGUACAAUUGUUGAAUUUUUAGUAGAGAAUAGAGCAGAGUUGACAGUACCACGAAAUACCUUACCAAACGAAGAAAAGUAUCCAAACAUUCAUUCUUAUUUAAAUGCAAAAAGAGAACAAUCAAAAUCAGUAAAAGGAACAACUCAAAAAGCUCGAAGAAAUUCUGUUGAAUUUGCUUAA